UGGACCCAACAAGCUGGAGGAAGGAGAGGGCGUGUCGGUGGUUAAGAUCCUCGUCCGCCAGGUGGCCAACGCAAUGAUGCUAGUGCUGAUUCUGGCCAUGGCGGUCAGUUUCGGAAUCCAAUCGUGGAUUGAAGGCGGCGUGAUCUGCGCUGUUAUUGUCCUGAAUAUCGUCGUCGGAUUCUUCCAGGAGUAUGCAGCUGAGAAAACGAUGGAGUCGCUUCAUUCGUUGUCGUCGCCCACGGGAACUGUGUCUCGAGGGGGGCAGACGUUCUCAAUUCCCUCGACGGAUAUUGUACCCGGUGAUAUGAUUGAACUGAAAACGGGCGAUACUGUCCCAGCUGAUCUUCGCUUGGUCGAGGCAGUCAAUUUCGAGACAGACGAGGCGCUUCUGACCGGCGAAUCUCUGCCGGUCCAGAAGGAAUGUGAUUCCAUUUUCAAGGAAGACACCGGCCCUGGCGACCGUCUCAACAUCGCCUACAGUUCUUCCACUGUCACACGCGGCCGCGCGCGCGGCGUGGCUGUUGGAACAGGCAUGUUUACCGAGAUCGGUUCUAUCGCCGCGGCGCUGCGGGCAAGCAACAGCAAGCGUCGCGCUGUCAAGCGUGGCCCCAACGGCGAAACCCGGAAGAGGUGGUAUGUCCAAGCCUGGACCUUGACUGGCACCGAUGCAGUCGGCCGCUUCCUCGGCGUGAACGUUGGGACCCCGCUACAAAGGAAGCUCUCCAAGUUAGCUAUCCUUCUUUUCGGAGUUGCCGUCCUGUUCGCGAUCAUUUGCAUGGCAGCGAAUCUCUUCAGCAGCAAUAAUGAAGUGAUUCUGUAUGCGGUGGCAACCGGCCUGAGUAUGAUUCCGGCGUGCCUUGUUGUGGUUCUUACUAUCACCAUGGCCGUGGGAACCAAACGCAUGGUCGAGCGAAAUGUGAUCGUUCGCAAGCUUGACUCGUUGGAAGCUCUCGGUGCAGUGACGGACAUCUGUUCAGACAAGACAGGCACUUUGACCCAGGGUAAGAUGGUGGUCAAGAAGGCUUGGAUCCCCUCCCGCGGAACGUACUCGGUUGGUACCUCGAACGAGCCGUUCAACCCUACCGUUGGAGAUGUCACCUUCACGGCGGUGUCACCAAUGCAAUUCGAUGAGGAAAAGGAAGGCCCGGCCGUAGAGAAUGCAGAGAGCCUGGUGGCUGGCAAUCGCCAGCUCGAAGACUUCCUCGACGUCGCGUCCAUGGCUAAUCUCUCUCACGUCUACAAGUCCGACGAGGGUGAGUGGAACGCCCGAGGCGAGCCUACCGAAAUUGCCAUUGAAGUCUUCGCGUCCAGGUUCAACUGGAAUCGCGACCGGUGGACCAAGGGCCAGGGGAGCAAAGGACAAGGCGCCGUGUGGCAUCAGAUGGCCGAGUUCCCCUUUGAUUCAAGUGUCAAGAAGAUGUCCGUGAUUUUCAGCAAGAUUACGCCGCAGGAAGAGCGUGCCAUGAUCUUUACCAAGGGUGCUGUUGAGCGCAUCGUCGAAACCUGCACCUCGGUGAUCUGGGACCAGGAUUCGUCAACCCCGGUGCCCAUGACCGACCACCAUCGCGACCAAAUCUUUCAAAACAUGGAGGACCUCGCCAAGCUGGGCUUGCGCGUGUUGGCUCUGGCACAUCGGCCGUACGAUGCCCAGACGCGCCUGCUGGAAGGGUCUGACCUCAGCCGCGAGGAAGUAGAGAAGGAUCUGUGCUUCCUGGGCCUGAUCGGCUUGUACGACCCCCCGCGCCCGGAGACGGCCGGCUCAAUCCAGGCCUGUUACCGUGCCGGAGUUGUUGUGCACAUGGUCACCGGUGAUCAUCCUGGUACUGCCAAAGCCAUCGCACAGCAAGUGGGAAUCCUGCCGGCAGACUUCAGCGCGGUCGCGGCCGAUGUCGCUGAUGCGAUGGUCAUGACAGCCUCUCAAUUCGACCGACUCUCUGACGACGAAGUUGACGCACUUCCCACCCUUCCGUUGGUCAUCGCGCGCUGUGCACCGCAGACAAAAGUCCGUAUGAUCGACGCCUUGCACCGACGUGGACGCUUCGCGGCUAUGACUGGGGAUGGAGUGAACGACUCGCCGUCGCUUAAACACGCCGACGUGGGUAUCGCUAUGGGGCAAGCCGGCUCGGAUGUGGCCAAGGACGCGUCUGAUAUUAUCCUCACCGACGACAACUUCGCUUCGAUUCUCAAUGCCGUGGAGGAAGGCCGUCGUAUCUUCGAUAAUAUUCAGAAAUUUGUGCUCCACCUUCUGGCCGAGAACAUCGCGCAGGCUUGCACCCUACUUAUCGGGCUCGCGUUCAAGGAUGCCGAUAAUCAGUCGGUCUUCCCCCUGGCGCCUGUUGAAAUCCUCUGGAUCAUCAUGAUCACCUCGGGCAUGCCCGAUAUGGGACUCGGGAUGGAGGUCGCGGCGCCCGACAUUAUGAGCCGCCCUCCGCAGAGUAAGCAAGGGAUCUUUACCUGGGAAGUAGUCAUUGAUAUUCUCGUGUACGGGCUCUGGACCGCGGCGCUCUGUCUGACCGCAUUCGCCAUCCGCAUGUGGGGGUUCGGCGACGGCAAUCUCGCUCGCGGCUGCAACCAAGGCUGGUCGCCUCAGAUCCAAGACUGCGAGCUGGUGUUCCGGGCGCGUGCGACCACCUUCGUGUGUCUGACCUGGUUCGCACUUUUCCUAGCCUGGGAAAUGGUCGACAUGCGACGGUCGUUCUUCCGCAUGCAACCCAAGUCGAAGCGCUACUUCACCCAGUGGAUGGUCGACGUGUGGCGGAACAAAUUCCUGUUCUGGUCCAUCAUGGCCGGGUGGGUGACCAUCUUCCCGAUCCUGUAUAUCCCCGUGCUCAGCGACGUGGUCUUCAAGCACAAGGGCAUCACGUGGGAAUGGGGCAUCGUGGCCGUUGAAGCCGUGCUAUUCUUCAUGGGUGUUGAGACGUGGAAAUGGGCGAAACGCGUCUUCUUCCGUCGCAGGGCCCGCAAGCAUCCAAUGUUGACCUCGUCGGAGACUGCCCCGGAACGGCCCUAACGAAUGCUUUCCCUGGUCCGACUCCAUUUGGGGCCAGGGGGUAACCAACUCGCUACUUGGAUCUGGCGGACGCGGUAUUGGACUUGACUAUUGGAUAUCGGACUCAUAUAUAUGCUUGGUGGAGGAGUGGAAGGGAGCUGCGCUGUUGUUUUGGAGUCGUUCUGCUGAUUUGAACUGGACUUUUGUCCACCCACCCAGAAUGUGCGAAUCUAGGAUUAGUAGUAGGUAUAGUUGCAAUUCCAUUCUUUGUAA